UACAAAGUCAGCUCAGAGAUGACCUAGAAAGCAGGGUGAUGAAAAUAUAUGAAAGAGAGCAGAGCAACAUAGUUCAUCAGUACAAGUCUUCAGUCACUGACAGGUCUAAGUUUGUGACAGAGUAUAAUCUUCCAUCUGAUAAACUUGUGGAUCUGGCCAGAUAUACUGAACCAGUGAUCAUUCAAAGGAGCAUAGAGCAAACUAAGAAAUACUAUCGUGAACAUGUGAGGUCUGUGGAUGCUUUAUCUCAUCUGUUAUCAAUUGACAAGAAUCACAGCAUCAGAAUAGACCAGCUGUUUAGUCCCGACUGUGAUGGAAACAAACCGAAAACUGUGAUUCUCAGUGGAGAUUCUGGAAGAGGGAAAUCCUUCAUGUUACAGAAGAUCAUGUUGGACUGGGCAUCUGGAGAACUUUACUCUGAAAACUUUGAUGCAGUUUUUCUUCUGAAGUUUCAAAAGCUAAAGUAUAUUUCUGAGGAGAUGAGCUUAUUUGAGCUCUUGAGCUGGAGUUGCAGCUUAACAUCAGAUCAGAUCUCACAGAUACUGGAGUUAACACCACAGAAAGUCCUCAUCCUCAUUGAUGGUAUUGAUGAGUAUGUAUCACAUCCACCCAUUCGUUUGCACACUAAUCCAUCCAAGAGAGCACCACCUAUGCUCAUUCUUAGGAACUUGUUGAGGAGAUUCUUGCUGCCUGAGUCAUUCGUGCUUGUCACCACAAGAUUUGUAGCUACUGAUCACCUGAUGAAUCUCCUCAAGGGUCCUCAGCGUUUCACUGAGAUUGAGGGCUUCUCUGAGAGAGGGGUGCAGGAGUACUUCCAGAAGUUUUUUCAGGAUGAGAAGCUCUUCAGGAAAACAUUUGAGAGUGUGAAGGCAAAUGAAAGCCUCCUGACUGCCUGCUCUGUGCCUUUGCUGUGUUGGAUGGUCUGUUUUUGUCUGAAGAAACACUUUACAGAUGAUGAUCAUGUGAUGAGAGAACUGAAGACAACCACCUCCAUAUAUGUGCACUUUGUGUCCACUCUACUGGAGCAUCAUGACCAGAGUCAGUCUGUCCUCACCAUGCUGAGGAGUCUGGGUCAGCUGGCAGAGGAAGGGAUGAAGAAGCAGCAGAUCCUAUUUGAUGAAAAGAGUGUAGCCAAGACAGGCUUAAAUCCAGCUAGUACCUUGUUCUUGUAUAAAGAUGAUCUUAGAGGAAAAGAAAAAACAGUUUAUAAGUUUAUCCAUUUCAGAUUUCAGGAGUUCUUCACUGCGCUUUCUUAUGUCUUGCUGGAUGAAGAAGUGUCCUGGUGGAAAGUCAGUGAGCUGUUUAACUUGAUGUAUUCAGAAGCUGUAAUGUACAGGUCAUCUCCUAUUUUGAGAGGUAGACUAUCAAAUCCCAUCUGUUCAGUUGUGAUGUUUCUCUGUGGUCUCUUAAAUGAGAAGGUGAGCAGCUCAAUCUUUCAAAAGAUCAAGUGGACUCACACCAUGAAACUGAAAAAAAGGGAAGUAAAGAAAAAGCUGAUGAAAAGGAUUUCUGCAAUGACAUGGCAGUGUGGAUUUGAGUUAUUUGCUCUCCACUGUCUGUAUGAGCUCCAAGAUGAGAGAUUUGUCAGGGAAGCUCUGAAAACACACAGGUUCAUGUAUCUGUCUAACGUUUCCCUGAGGAGCACAGACUGUUGGGUGCUGCUGUACUGUCUUCAGUGCUGUCCACACAUCAGAGACCUGAACCUCAUGUACUGUGAUUUAACAGCUGAGAAACUCAAGAUUCUUCAGCCAGCGCUCUGUAUGUGUGAGAAUAUGAGGUUAUCAGUGGAGCACCUGUCAGAAGUUGGAGAUUUGAUCCAGAUUCUUUGUGAAGGAAAAAUCUUAAGAGAGCUGAUAGUUCAGGAAGAUGAGAACAGUGCUGAGAGUCCUAGAUGGUCACUUAACUUGUCAGUCACUCAUGAAGAUGUCUUGUUGACUUUGAGCUCCUCAGAAAAGAAUCCAUCAUUUCCAGCAGUCUUAAACAUCAGUUUUAGAUGUCCACAAUCAGAGAUAUCCAGCACUGACUGGACACUUUUCUUGCAGAGACUCAGCAAGACAGGAGAAUUGGCAGGAAAUACUUCAGCUUUUAAUCAGCAUACCAGUUUGUUGCUGGCUUCAUUUAAAUCUGUGGGUUUAAAGACGUUGGAUCUGAAGCUGGUCAGUCUGAAUGAGAGCUGGGCUUCUGGGAUCAUUUCCCUUGUCCAGACCUGCACCAGUCUACAGCAGCUCAGUGUCAGUGUCACUGGAUUGCUUUUGGAGGAUGGACUCAUGUUGCUGAAGAAAUCACUGACUGAUCCACACUGCACUGUGAUCAUUGAAGGGUGGAAGUGCAGUAAAUCUGCUGACCAGUGCAAAGAACAGGACUGGAGUCACAGCUGUAAUGAGAAAGUGGAGAUUCAAUUCAAACCAAAGAUUUUAGAAAAGCUGGAAGAACUGAACAUCACUGAGCCGGAACCAUCUGAAAUGAAUCUGUGCUGUCAGUCUUGUGUUCACAUUGUUGAUUCUGAUCAGUGGGUUCAGGUGGAGCCAUCAGUCUGUACAGAUGAAGGAGGGUCAGCAUUCAGGAUCAGCACUCCGGCGGGUCGAUUCGAGUGCAGCAGGACCAGAAUGCGAUGGGUCUGUGCUGGUGACGUCACUCUCCAGUACCGUGCAGUGGAUGGACAUUUCCUCAGUGCAGAGCUGGAGAGGCUUCAGUGUGAGCGAAUUGGUCCUGUGAUUGAUGUGACAGUGAUCUCAGGGAAACUGGAGGAGGCCCAUCUGCCUCAUUACGCCUGUUUAGCAGAGUCAGACCCCUCUCUCACAGAUGCUGUGAAGCUCCUCACCAAAAGAGAUGAAGGAAUAUAUUUACAAUCUGUGGAGUUGACCCGUCAUCAUGCCAAAAUAGUCCAACCGUCCUUCUCUCUUACAACUCUAAUUAUAAACUGGAUCAUGCAAUGGGAAGAACACUGUAAUCUUCUUCUCUACAUGCGGUGUAAAGAUCCUCUCAUUCUUCACAUCUACUUUUUUCCAGUAAAUGACACUUAUUCAAAAGAAAAAGUUGAGCAGAAUGAAAAAUCAAGUCUUUUGAUUAGUCAUCCCAGACCUAACAGACCAUUUCGGUUGAAAACACCUCACCUUCUUGACGUUCCUGGUGCAUCUGUCCAUCCUGUAGAGGGGAUUUCAUUUAGAACAGAUAUUGAUCCAAACUUCUUCAAGGUUAAGCAACAUCAGCGUGAUGAUGUAAAAAUGAAUCUUAUCAGAGAGGAAGACAAGAAGUCUGUGUGGAAGGCCACAAUAUGGAAAGAAGAAUUUGCCCCAGUAAAUCCAGGGCAAAUUCAAGAAGUGCCGCAUCUGUGUUCUGAGUUUGAUAAAGCUCAGUUCUUUGAGAAACACAGUUUGGCUCUCAUUAAAAGGGUUAAAAAUGUGAAGAGCAUUGCAGAUAAACUGCGAGAGCAGAGAAUAAUUCAUGAUGAACUAUAUUCUGAAAUCACACAAACUAAUUUGACCAGUCAGAAUAGUAUGAGAAAGAUCUGUUACUCAGUUCAUUCAAGUGGUGUAAUCGCAAAAGGUAAAUUCAUUGUAAUUCUUCAGGAAGAAGAGCCCCAUCUCUUUGAAGAACUGGUGCAUUCAGAUUCUUAAAGAUCUGUUAGUGAAUAUAUUGUUUUAGCUGGACAGCCAGAUUAUGCUAAACGAUUAAAUGUAACUGUUUAAUGCUAGAAUGUAGGAUACAUUGAUUUCUGAACAGAACUGAAAUAUUAAUUGAAAACACAUUAUCAGAUUAACUGGGAUUACUUAUUAGGUACUAAUAUUUUUGCUAACUGAAUGAUCAAAGUUACAUACAACACUCAAAUGAUCAGCUUAACUGUACAUAAACUCAAAAACAUCUAGUAUAUUUUGUUGUCUAAUAAGAUUGUUG